AUGGCGGGAGGCUCCGGCGGCGGAGGUUUUCUGGGCGACGUCAACGACCCGUGGCUGAAGCCGCGGCUGCUCCGCGCGGUGGUCACCGAGCGCCUUCCGCAGCCUGGCGGCGGCGGCGCCGAGCUCUCGCCGACGGAGGUCGCCUCCAUCCUCGAGGCGGUCCGCACUCACGGCCUGCUCACGGAGGAUCUCCCGGCCCGCGGCGCGCCGGCGAGCUCGAAGCUCGCCGAGGCGUGGCGCGCCGCCGUCGACGCCUGGGUCGAGCGUGUCGUGGCGCUGGUGGAGAGCGACUCGACAUACAGUUGUUGGUUGGGUACUUGCUUUCUCGGUGUGACUUUCCAAGAGUGCAGAAAUGAGCGAUUUGCAGAAUCGCACUCCAUUUGGUUUGAGAAGAUUCUGGGUAAUUUGCAGGAAUCAUCUAGCUCUCAACUUGUUAUUGUUAUUUCCUGUACUUCCAUGUCUGAUUUAUUUGUAAGAUUGGCUAAGUUUUUGAACUUAAAGAAAGAGGGAUCAUCCUUUGCUGGAAGGGUUGUUGAACCGGCGCUGCGGCUUUUAAAUGAAAAUUGUCUAGUAGCUGACGAAGCAAUCGAUUUGCUGAGGACAGUUAUUAAAUUGUACCCAUCCUCUGUAAACCGGCACUACAAUAAAGUUGAAUCUACUAUUGCAGCAAAGAUUAUGAGUACGAGAAUCAAUGUAAAACCAUCUGAGAAAUUUGUGAGAACUUUAGCAUUGUUACCUUCUGUCCGAGUGUCCGAGGACAGUUGGUCACUGAUGAUUCGGAGGAUAUUGAUUAUGGUAAACAAUCUUUUGAAUGAUGCUUUCAUUGGGCUUGAAGAAGAAAAGAAAGGCCAUGAUAUUAUGCUGCUGCUAGUUCCACCUGGAGCUGAUCCUCUACCAACAUUGGGAGAUGAAGUAAUGCCUGGAGGCAAUGUGCAUGUCAUGAAGAAAUUUCGUGUCUUUACUGUUCCUACCAUUUCAGCUCUUACACAUUGCUGCAGUGUGAUGCUGACUAGUUAUUAUCCAGUUCAGGUCAAUGUUCCGAUUCAUGCUUUGAUGGCUUUGAUGCGAAGAGUGCUGUUAGUUGAUGGAUCAUUGCAUAACAAGUUGUUCCCUUCUACAACUUCAUUGCAUCAAGAGCUUAUUUGUUUUGAGCUUCCAUCACUACAUUCAACUUUCUUGGAUUUGCUCAAUGCAACUAUUAAAGGAAUGCGAAGCCAACUCUUACCUCAUGGUGCUAGUCUCAUACGGCUUAUAACAGAGUACUUCAAAAUAGCAAAACUGCCUACUUUGAGGACAAAAGCUUAUAGCAUUUUGCAGCUGUUGCUGACCUCCAUGGGUGUUGGGACGUCUCUGCACCUGCUUGAGGCAAUAGUCAGCAAUGCAAUUGCUGAUCUGAAUGAUGAUGGUGGUAGUGACAUGACUAUAAUCAACACAAAUCCAUCACAAUGGACAAAUGAAUCAUCAUCAAAAAUUUAUUCGAAGAAGAGGAAGCAAGAACCACAGAUGCAAAACUCAACCAUCUCAGGUUCAGAGAAAGUAGCAAUCAGCCCAAGGAAAAGAAAAGGUUCUUCCAUACCAAUUGCAUCAAAGGGAGUGGCCCCUGAAAGUAUAGGAGAUGUUAGACUAUCAGCACCACUUUCUGUCAAAAUAGCUGCACUCGAAACAUUGGAAAUUCUUCUGAAUGUGGGAGGUUCAUUGCGGAUGGAUCGCUGGAGGUCAGAAGUGGACGUGCUCUUAAUCAACGUGGCUAGAAGUGCUUGCAACAUGAGAGGGAGUUAUGAGCAAAAGCCCUCCGUAUUUGGGGAGCCAAGCAUAUCCGACCUCCAACUUGCUUCGUUUAAGGGCCUGCUGGCAUCUUUUCUUGCUUCUCCUCAUGCCCGUCCUCCUUACUUAGCCAAAGGAAUUGAACUCUUCAGAAAAGGGAAGCUAGAGAUAGGCACUAAGCUUGCAGAGUUUUGUUCACAUGCUUUGCUUGCUUUGGAUGUCCUUGUCCACCCUCGAGCCCUUUCUCUAGAAAGAACAGUUCCUGUAGGCUCUGGGCCAAAGGGAAAGGCGGUUUUUGGUGCUGGAACAUACCAGAUUUCAAGAUUUGGGGAUCAGCCUCAAGCAAUGGAGGUCGAAGACAUGUACGAUGACUGGCUGACAUCCAACAACGAUGAACCACCAGAGGUUCCAGUGAACGAUAGUGCUGCAGGAGUAAGUACAGAUGUCAUGCUGGUGGAGGAUGGAAAGCAGCUCAAUCCCAUAGCAGAAGAUCCAAAAGUUGACCCACCCAGAAUCACAGAUGCACAAGAUGCACCAACAUCCACCAAGUGUGAUGUCAAGAUGGUUGAUGCAGCUGCAGACGAAACUGCCAAGCCAAACACAGUGGAGAAUCCUUCGAUUUCCAAUGUUGGUGCCUCUCCAGAGUGCACAACAAAUUUUGAUUCACGUAAGCAUGUGGUAUUUUCUGAGCAGGUUAAUCCUCAUGAGAACAAAAGCCCAGCAGCUGUCCAUCCGCCAUCCAGCAGCCUGCUGGGAACUUCAGGUGAACCUUCUGCUACUCCAGGUGUCGGUUCAAGCCACCGUCAAGCACCUGAGGCCCGUUCAACCAGCUUUGCGGAAUUGUUUGGUUCGGAGUCUGGCAUUGAGUCAGAGUCUGAAGACUCGCUGCCAGAUAUUGUCGACGGGGACCCAGAUUCUGACUAG